AUGUCGGCCUCGGCCCAGAACGAUUUCGAUGCUCUGCUCGACCUGUCCGAGUUUGAUGCCAACUACCAGUCUCCUUCGCUCUCUCCCAACAUGAGCACCAAGCCGGCCUUUGCCAGCCCCAUAUCCGAGAUGACGCCGCCCUCGGUUUCGUCGACGGCCACGACGCAGACAAUGACCGGCCCCAGUCACAACUACGACAUGUACCGCCAGCAGACCGGGUUCGUCCCUGGCGCCCUCGCCAACACCAUGGCUGUCAACCAGACCAACAACACUGGCUACCAGGACUUUGGCAGCCUCGACUACCUCACCAGCUUUUCUCCCGAGAACGACGUCUUUGACUUCAACACCUCGCCCUCGCAGGCUACCCUGCCCGCCUCCGAUCUGGACAUGGACUUUACCAACACCAACGCCGACCAGUUCUUCACUGUCAACCCCAGCAGUAUCGAGCAGCAGCAGCAGCAGCAGGCCUCGGCCAGCAGCUCUCCCGGCCGUCUCUGGCCUGGCGCCCACACCCAGGCUGCCGCCGUCGCCAAGGCCCAGGCCCAGCAGCGCCAGAUGAUGCAGCAGAGCCAGAGCCAAAAGGCUCGCGGCAAGGCUCCUCAGGCCACCGACCCCAUUGUCGAGCAGAAGAUUACCCAGCUCCUCAACAACAUGCGCCAAAAGCCCGCCUCCGCCUCUGGUGACUCCCAGUCUGGAUCCUCCAACAUGCCCCGCACCAAGAAGUCUGAGGAGGACAUGGAUGAGGACGAGCGCCUCCUCGCCAGUGAGGAGGGCAAGAAGCUCAGCUCCAAGGAGCGCCGCCAGCUCCGCAACAAGGUCUCUGCCCGUGCCUUCCGCUCCCGCAGAAAGGAGUACAUCACUCAGCUUGAGAGCGAGCGUGACCACAAGGAUGAUGAGGUUACCAGCCUCCGCCAGAGCAACCGUGCCCUCAUGGAGGAGAACAAGCGCCUGUCUGACCUGACCCGCAUGCUUCUCUCGUCUCCCAGCUUCUCCAACUUCCUCGACCACCUCAGCACCAACUCGACCACCAUUCCCCAGGUCCCCGUCAAGGUCGAGGCCCAGCCCGAGCAGGAGCAGGCCCAGGUCCCCAAGGAUGCCAACCCCUUUGGCAACCAGUCCCAGCAGCAGAUUGGCAUGGCCAUGAUUCCCGAGCAGAGCAUGGACUACUCGAUGCUUGCGCUUGAUGGCUACAACUUCCAGCCUACCGUCUUUGUCGUUGACACCCCCGAGAUUCCUGCUCCCAUUGACGUCGGUCUCCUCGCUGGCAAGACGUCCAACUUUGUUGAGUCCUUUACCGAGGACGAAAAGGUCGACAUGCCCGUCAUUGAACGCCCCGUCCAGACCGAGACCGUCGAGCCCACCGAGGUCGCCCCUGUCAAUGACAAGUUCGAGUCUGACCCUGAAUUUGCCCUCUUCCAUGCCCAGUCCUCUGCCCCCGCCCCCGAAUCCCCUGUUCUGUCUGAAGGCCUCUCUCACGUCGAUAUCUUUGGCGGUAUCGAGGUCGAGAAGGCUCUGUCCCGCUUCGAGCUCGUUGAUGCUACGCAAGAGGAGCAGACUGCUGCCUACGCCAUGGCUCGUGUCCAGCGCAUAUCCGCCAGUGCCGAGUCUGUCGUCGCCAGAUUAGAACUCCUCACCCUGGAGUUGUAA